CCGAAAUCCGCGCAAAUCACGCAUGCCCGCAGGAAGGGGCGGCGGCGGUAACCGGGGGCGGCGAGGGAAUGGCGGCGGUAACCGAGGCGACAAAGACACUCUUCCUGGACGGUUUCGAUCCAUGUUGAGUCUAUCCAGCAUCGAGACGGACUCCAAUCCAUUGGGCAGUCUACUAAAGCCGUGUCUGUACUUUUACAAGUUCCUUCAACCCCUUGGAGACCGAAAGCUCGAACUGAACCUCCCCAACACGGCACUGUGCGAAAUGGCGGAAGGCGGCAAAGAGGACUUGCUGUGGCUUACAACCGACGCCUCGGGACAUGUCGUUCAUGUUGAUCGACCCAUCACAUGGAAGCGAAAGUUCGUCGCGGACGUGUCCGUUGCCAACGACGACGACGCGCGAACGAACGACGACACGGUGGUGGCGGUGCGCAAGGUGCCGUUCUCCAAGCCCCACGUUCCAGUCCAAAAUCAAACAGUGGCCGUGGCAGAGCGAGAUCUCGACCGCAUUCUCAACGGCGACCCGAAACGUCUGUCGUACGGGGUGCAAAAGUACGUCCAAUGUAGAGGAGCGCACGCGGCGCUCUACCGCGUGCAAUGGACACGGGGCAGCACCAACAACACUGCCGUCAACAUCGUCAACAACCUCAACAUGUCGGAUAGAUCUGAGGCUUUGCGGGGCAUUGGAGCCGCGCCGGUAGAAACCGACCCGUUCGAGAUGGCGCUUCGAGAUGCCGCCAUCCUUGCGCGAUUCACGUGCGUGUCCAGCGCCCCUACGUCGUUGCAUGUCGACGACAACGUCAUUCACACGUGGCCGCCCGAUUUGCAUGCUGCCAAACUGCGAGGUCGACCGAUCGCGCCGGCUGUGGACGCGAUUCAACGCAUCGUCGCACACGCACAAACCCACAUCCCCGCAGUCCAGUUCAACGACAUGGAAGCCGAUUUCGUCAAAGAUGCAGCUGGCACGUGGUGGUGCCUCCAGGUCAAGUCAUUUCGGUACGAGAUGCGGGUACCGGGGGUCGUGGCGCUGCUCCGCGAGUCGAAAUUGAUCGACUCGCUCGUGCACGUCCCCAAGCUGUUGCGUCGACGGCCAACUCGAUGCAAUUUUCACGACGACGACAACGCUGACAUCAGCACGACGGACAUCGCCGCCAUGCGUCAAGACAGCAGUGACGUUCACCCGCCAUCCUCGGCUUGCUUUCUUUGCCACAACUCGUUCGACUUGACCGACGCCGACGCGCUUGGCUUGGUGCUCGACGACGACGACCAGCAUGUGUCAAUGGGAGCUGCCGCCACAAGUCGUGGCUACGCCAUGACGUUCCACAUGGUCAGUGACACCCUCACGAGCCUGCGACACCGCGGAGUGCACUUGUCAUCUUGGGAAGCAAGUCUCCACCGCGCGACCAGCAUCCCCGCGGCGUCGGAAUGUCGCGUGUGCUUGGUAUGCUACCAGAUCUACAAGCACCAAGCAGCCGUGUGCGACACUGCGGCCGCCAUUCACCGCUUCUUUGUUCCACCUCCCAUCAUGCCAACUUUGUUGGUGGACAGUGCCGGGCGACGGGCAAAGCACGACUCGAUCUUGCAACGCAUUGACGCGUUCCGUCAGGAGCGCGACCCGCAUGACUAUUCGAUGCCAGAGGAAGAAGAAUCCGCCGCCGACCACCUUCGCAUCGUGCGAGGCCCCGACGUGGACCCGAACUGCCAGCAAUUUUGUUUCUUUUUGCUCUUCCACGAGCUCCAAGACGUCCUCAGCAGAGACGACCCUACCAAUUACCACUUGGAGUACCAACUCGGCCAAACGUUCAGUACGUUGUCGUUUGACGGACCCAAAGUACACACAGCCCAUCGAUGGCAGCUCUGCGAGGCCCGUGCACAUUACGCGGUAGCUACACCCGACGCGCUGCGAACCAUGUGCCGAGACCACAAGAUCCAGAUCAAAAUGAAAACGACGCACACGCACGCGUUUGAAGGGCACGCGGUGCUGUCGUUGAAACCGCUGCUGGGCCAAGCGUCGGCGGCGGCUGCUUCUAUCGACAAUGGCGGCGACCACGACGACGACGACGACAAUGAUCGGUUGCAAGGUCCGUCGCACUGCGGCGUACUCGUGCACGUGAAAACCCACAGCUUGGGCCUCCUCAAGCUCAAAGUCACGUUGGGCGUAUUUGGAACGCACCAGCACGACUUCGCAGCGCUCCAAGGCGCCAUCGCUGGCGUCGACUUUGUCCAGGAGCAUCAAGUGUUCUGGCCCGAUGUGUCGUACUAUCAGCCGAGUAUCGCCGUCCCCAUUGAGUGGAUGCCGCUGUUUGCCCCGCCCGACUUGUUUGGACUCAAUGCCGAGGGCAUUGCCGCCGUUGCUGGUGACGGUAUCAACACCCGCCGCCCGUCGCUCGCCCCUACUACUGCCAUGACGACGGAGUCUUCACUCAUGCAUGACCUUCAGCGGCAACGGCGAGACUUGGAACUCCAAGCCCCGUUCUCAACGAUGCGGCGACUCGUGGGCCGAGUUGGAGGACACAUCGACGUUGUCCCUACGUUCUUGGCGGCAACUCUGUUGCGAACCGUAAGCUAUGGUUCAUGGAAGUCGUCGAAAUCUCCAUCCGUGUCGUCUUGGCGAGCGCCCUCGUCGUACGCCUUGGCUCCAUCGUGGACGCUGGAUCAAUUGUUCCGAGGCAUCGUUAAAGACUCCAGACCCCUUCGACUCGAAGCGAUCGCUCUCCUCGCGGAGCUCCUCUUUGUGCUCCUAGACACCCACUGCAUCCCGUCCAUGCUGCCCCUGUCCGACAGCCUCGAACCCCUCGUGUCUCCGUACUGGCUCCAGCAAUCACCGACUAAAGUGCUGGCGUGGCUCACACCGCAAGACGCGCCAUCGUCCUGCCCUUCCCAGCACCGCAUCCUGUGGAACCGAGCGGUCCGGCGGUGUCACCUCGCCGGGUUCACAGCGCACCCCGAUGCCGCCUUUCUCGCCACUCACGAAUGGCCGUCCAGUGUGCACAUGAGUGCCGCCGACGUCGCGGCGCACAAGAAACGCCUGCGCACGCGCUUGAGGCUGCUACUGCUCAUGCACUUGUUUGAGCGCAUCGAAGCGUACGAUUCAGGGUACAUGGACAUGGGCGAAUUUCGAUGCUUGCCACAGCAAUUGCAGCAACAGGCUGAUGCCGCCAACGCCGCGGACGCCAAAGCGACGGCUGGCGGGGCGACGGGUUCCCACUUGAUCGCGUGGGACUCUGCCCUUCGAAGGCAGUGGACGACGGCGGUCACAGAAACCACCCGCGACCUGGUGGCAAGUGCCCAUUUUCAAGACGCGUUUGCCGGGUUUGACCAGUUUGGCAGCGGCGGCAUUGGAUUUCGAGAGUUUUGGGAACUCGCCGAACGUGGAAACGUGUCGCCUUUGAUGUGUUGUGCAUCAGCAAAGACGAGCCCCGGCUUGUGUCUUCGCCAUGGCGUGGUGGCCCCCAUACUUGUGAGGGAUGCCGUGUGCGCCCAGUGCGAUGCAGAGGUACAAUAUGGAGGCUUACAUUGCGAUGGAGGACUACGACGACGACGCCCAGCCGCCCCAAGCGAUGGAGCUCGGACGAUCCAAUUCAGUCAUGUCAGACGCAUCGUUUGUGUCGCCAUCUUUGGGUGUUUCCCAUCGUCCCGACGACGAGUACGAAGGACGAGCUGGUUCGUUUGAAGAUGAAGACAAGUUGUACCCGUCGUCGCGGCAGUACUCGUACUUUCAAUCGAUGGAGGCGUCGUCGAUGACCAAAGACUUUCAAGACAAGGUGCAGACGCGCAUUCGGCAACGCUAUCGCAGUGUCGAACGCGUGCCCGACGACCUCAACCCCCACACGCUGGCCGCAAUCUUGACCAGAUUGGAAGCCGCCGAGCGCGACGCCAAAACCACAUACUUCUGUGUCCACGCUUCGAUGCCGCGCCUGCCGACAAAUCACGACCACCCUCCGCCACAUACUACUGAUGACAAUUAUGAUGCCCAGCGUGAAGACCAUCACAAGGCGGCUGCAUUACGGGUGCUGCGUCGGCGGGAGCGGCUUCGUCCCCUGGCGCACCAUCCGCCCAAGAAGACAGUCCACCCGACGCAGCAACAGGUCGCCAUGGACCGCCUCCACGCUGUGCCCAAGUCCCGCCGAAAGCGCGAGUCCUACGCCGCGCUCCUGCAGAAGGAACUGCACCUGCAGCUUCGACCCCCCGACGACCUCCUCGACCGCAUAGGUCGACAUCAACGCAAAAAGAAAGCGCUGGACAACCACGUAGUGCAUGCAUUGAAGGCCAUUCACACCACGUUGGGUGCACGACACGGACGCGCCACAGGAUGAUUGACGAUGAAGGGUACUUACUACUGUAGUAUGAUGUACAUAUGUACAGUAGUAUGCUGUUAUUGUCAUUGUUUGCCUCCCAAAUGCCCAAGUCUUUGGUGAACAUGCAAAACCAACUGUUAUCACGUGUGUCUUACAGCUCGACUUGACGCUGCUUGACUGUGAGUUCCAUGCGGCGUUCUUUGAGUGCCGACAUUUCGUUUCGGAUUUCGUUGCGGCGCUUGUUGAGCUGCUCCAGAACUUUGCCCUCCUAAUUACAAAACAUCCAGUCAUAUCUGUGACAGAGUCACACUCGUACGGGCUUGGUCGCAAACGACUU